AUAAUGGCGCGAGGCCUAAUCCUUUCGCUGCGAAUGGAAACCAUGACAACACUUCCCAAUCCAUCAACCUUCCUUUCUCUUCGCCAUUUCCGCCAUUACAAUCAUCUUCUUCGUCGUCUCCGUUACUCUGUUCCUCCGCUUCGUUGCUUCUAUCAGUCCGUUUCUUCUGCGCCCGAGGCCGUCGACAUGACCAACUACCAUCACGCUUUCUCCGCCCGGAUGGCCAUGGCCGGCCUUAAGCCCCACCACCGUAUCGCUCUAGGGGUCUCUGGAGGACCAGACAGUAUGGCACUGUGUGUUCUAACUGCCCAUUGGAAGACCAAUGGCUUGAGUGUUAAUCAUGAUUGUGAUGGCUUCAUUGAUGGGCUUUUGGCUAUAAUUGUUGAUCACAGCCUACGAGCUGAGAGUAAAGAGGAGGCUAAUAUUGUAUCUCGUCGCGUCUCUAGAAUGGGACUCAGAUGUGAGAUUGCCCAUUGUGAGUGGUUGGAUGGUCGACCAAAACAAGGUCACUUGCAGGAAGCAGCUCGAGACAUGAGGUACCGACAUUUUCAGAAAGUUUGCAUCCAAAACCAGAUCAGUGCCUUGCUUAUUGCGCAGCAUGUUGAUGACCAGGCUGAGUUAUUUGUUCUCAGACUAUCGCGAAACAGUGGUGUGCUAGGACUUGCUGGAAUGCCGUUCGUGUCUCAGAUAUUCUCGUCAUACACACAUUCUUGUGAUUCGAAUGAUCAUGGUAUUCUUCUUGUGCGGCCGCUUCUGGAUUUCUCAAAAGAAGACAUGUACAAGAUUUGUCAAGGAGGCGAACAGAAGUGGGUGGAAGACCCAACUAAUCAAAGCCAGCUAUAUGCUCGUAAUAGGAUCCGAACAUCGUUAAGAAAAUACUCAUCAUAUACAUUCAAUUCCGAGCUACAAGCAGUUAUUUCUUCCUGUCAACAGACACGGUUAUACGUUGAUAAUGUUUGCUCCAACUUGAUAAAUAAAGCAGUAACUGUUACGGAUCUUGGCUACGUUGUCAUUGAUUUGGAGAUCCUUAAAGAGUCAAAAGUUGAAGACAUUUGCCUGUCAAGGUUUAUUGCUUUGCUUUUGCAGUUCGUCUCACAAAGGAACAGGCCAAUUAGAGGUAGUACUUCAAAGUUGCUUUUGGACUACAUGCAUACUUUCCCGUGCAAGACCUCCCUUACAGCAGCUGGUUGUUACCUUUGUCCAGCGCCCGGAUCAAAAGGCACCAAAGCCCUGGUUUGUUAUUCUGUUGAUCAUCCAUUGCCUCAAACAAAAGAAUUCCUCAAUGUGCAGUCAUAUGUUGAACAUCAAUACCAAACUUCAAAUGACGUAGAGCAAAUCAUAGCAGGUAGCAAAUUGUAUUUGGACCGCUUGGUUCCAGAUGCAUCGAAAGUGCAUUUUUUGGACAUAACGUCUGAAUCAGUUCUGACUGAAGCUAGAAGACUCAAUAUGCUUAGUGAGUCGACAUGCGAAAACAUCCUUCUAUUACAAAGAGAUGAAGUUAAACAUUUCAGGACUGAAAAGAGAGCGAAAUCAGAUUUCGAGUCAAAAGGCAAAGUAAAAUCCAUCAGUAUGUAUUCCGAACCGCUUAAUCCCGGGCAAAUUUGUUCCUUCAUGAACCGAUUCUUUGUCACAUGGAAAACACCUGAGGAAACUGUUUGUGAGCAGGGUUUGGGAGGGGAAAGUUGGCGCCAUCAUUUCAGGUCAUGCAUGGUUGGUGAUGAAAUGGCAACCGAGGUGCGCCACAUGGCAGAAUCUGACUGGCUGUAUCUUGUCAACUUGGUAAAGAGUCCCACUUCUUUUCAACAGCAAAAUCUACCUUCAGCUAGCGGAGAUGGGAAAAACUUGUGUUUGGAUUAUGCAAGGUACUCAGCUCAAAGGGCUCUUCGGAUUCUGAAAUCUGUCCCAGUUGCUGCAAGAAGAGGCUUACCUGUUCUAAUCAAUAGUCAAGGACUUCUACUAAGCAUCCCGAGCAUUGGCUUCAAACAUUGCGCUCGGUUAGAUGUAACAGCGGUAUUCAUGCCAAGAGUACCCCUCGGAGGCGGUCAUAGUUUUUUCAGAUGAGGACCUCAUAUAUUUGGAUGUAUGAGCCAUAGGAAGUAGAGGCCAAUGAUUAGAAAGCAGAGCCGUUUUCCAGUUAUCGAAUGACAAGAUGGUUUUCUAAUCUCUCCACCGGCUCUCACCCGUUAAAACACCAGGGAACUAACAUCAUUUUUGGCUUCGCUUGAUCUGUAAAUUACACUGUAAAGUAGGUUUCACAACUUUACAUGCAUUAAUAAAUGUCCGUUCCUAUA